AAAUAUAUAACCCCUCACUGCCCACAUUCUUUUGAGUCUUUCUCUCCCCAUUCACAUUCUCUCUUCCAAGAAAUGAAUCAGUAGCUAGCAACCAGAAACUCCUAUAUUUAUAUCCCCCAACUCCACAUGGACUAAACUCUAAAAAUCCCAUUUAUUUCUGCCUAGAAAUCAUACAUUCAUUCUGUCAGAAAAUAACAUAAACAGGAGCCAAAUCACAAAAAAAGAGCUUCAUUUUCUUCAAAAAGUAUAGGAAAUGCCAAGAAAGUGAAGCGUUUGGUAUGUUGAUGGAUUGGCAAUUCGCAAACUCUAGCAACACAUGGCGUAGAUGUUUGGAUCACAGAAGCAGACAACAACAACAUGAAUGUAGAGGAGGAAGAAGCUACAAAAUAAUUUGGACAUUGGUCUUGUUCGUAUUCUUGGUGUGCGUGUGCCCCGUUCGAUCACAGAACUUCAACGACACCGAUCACGACUUCCGACCAAAGAAGAUGAAGCUCCUCAGAGCCCAUCUCGGCAGGAUUAACAAGCCCGCCGUUAAGACCAUUCAGAGCCCCGAUGGUGAUAUCAUUGACUGCGUGCUAUCGCACAAGCAGCCAGCCUUCGAUCACCCCAAAUUAAAAGGACAGAAGCCGUUGGAUCCACCGGAGAGGCCGAAAGGGCCGAAAUCAAGAGGUAUGUAUGAAGAAAACUUCCAGAUGUGGAGCAUGUCUAAUGAGUUUUGCCCACAAGGAACGAUUCCCAUUAGAAGAACUAGAGUCAAAGAUAUAGUGAGAGCCACCAAUAUUCAAACAUUUGGGAAGAAAAUUCGCCCCGUUGUCAGAGAUACCUCCAGCAACGGCCAUGAGCAUGCGGUUGGAUAUGUGAGUGGAGAUGAAUAUUAUGGAGCAAAAGCAAGUAUAAAUGUUUGGGCUCCUGUGGUUGCAAAUCAAUAUGAAUUCAGCUUAUCACAAAUGUGGGUUAUAGCAGGUUCCUUUGGGGAUGAUCUCAACACCAUUGAAGCUGGCUGGCAGGUUAGCCCAGAGCUUUAUGGGGAUAACUAUCCAAGGUUCUUCACAUACUGGACUAGCGAUGCUUACCAAGCAACAGGGUGUUACAAUUUGCUCUGCUCAGGAUUUGUUCAGACCAACAACAAAAUAGCCAUUGGUGCAGCAAUUUCACCAACUUCAUCGUAUAAUGGUGGUCAAUUUGACAUUAGCUUGUUAGUAUGGAAGGAUCCGAAACACGGAAAUUGGUGGUUGGAGUUUGGGAACGGCGUUUUAGUGGGCUAUUGGCCGUCGUUUUUAUUCACACAUCUAAGGGAUCACGCGAGCAUGGUUCAAUUUGGGGGAGAAAUUGUGAAUAGUGAAAGUUCAAGUUCACACACAUCAACACAAAUGGGGAGUGGACAUUUUGCAGGUGAAGGAUUCGGAAAAGCAUCUUAUUUUCGAAAUCUUCAAAUUGUUGAUUGGGAUAAUAAUUUGAUACCAUUAUCAAAUCUCCGAGUUUUGGCGGAUCAUCCGAAUUGUUAUGAUAUACAAGGGGGAAUCAAUAAGGUUUGGGGGAAUUAUUUUUAUUACGGAGGCCCAGGAAAAAAUGCCAAGUGUCCUUGAAAAAGAAUUCAGUUUUUAUGUAUUCUUUCUUUUCUUUUUUAAUUAUAUCCUAUUUUGGGGUGAAUUUAGGUUAUCUCCUCUCAAGAUGGUCCUUCAACUUGGGUUAUUCUUUCGAUUCAGGUGAUCCAGUAAUUAUACUUAGGGGCUUGUAAAUGGUAACUGGAAAUAUUAAAUUAAUAUACUGUCAUUUUGCUCU